AUGGCAUCCUUGCCCAGCGAGCUCAUUGGCGCGACGGGACGUCGCUAUCGCUUCAUGAAUAUUCUCCAGGAGCGACCACAUAUUGGUCGCGUUUGGACAGCUUCGUCUGGACAGGAUAUCUUCGUCCUGAAGGACAUUCCUGUCAACAUCUUCAGCAACUUCAACGCACGAAUACUGCCGCAAUUGAGCAAGAUGUCAACCACAUCACUGCGGGUGCCGCUCGAUACCAUACCAGAUCAGCGCGUGUUUGUAUACAAAUACCUCUCUGAUGACUUUUUGCAUUUGGUUCGAAAGGGACUACCGAUACAAGCCUGCCGAAAAGUCCUGCGAGCUACUCUCCAGGCUAUAUCCCACUUACACGGAAGGGAUGUUGUCCAUCUAGACAUCAAACCCGACAAUAUCAUGGUUCAAUGUCGACGGACCGCUCAUACCACAACUAUCGAGCAGGUUCAGCUGACCGAUCUGGAGAACGCAGCGUACUUGCCCAAGGGCAGAUGCAUUAAAGGAAUGCUCGCUGGGAACGACAACUGGCGCAGCCCAGAGGCCCACUUCAAAGGGGAAUUGAACAAGCCAUCGGACAUGUUUUCUUUUGGUCUGGUAUGCAUCUAUGCUAUCCUUGGCCGUGUCAUAUGCGGGCCAGACGAAGAUUUCGCACACCACGAAACGCAAGGAGCUUUACCAGCUAUGAUACGGCUGCAGCGUCAAGUAUCCUACUUUGGAGACUCGGAAGGUCUCAAUGGGCUUAUGACUCAUGUUGGUGAUGAGGAAGUGAACUGCCAAGUCCUCUCAAUGCUCUGGGAAGAUCGAGACCAGGAUGGUAUUCCAUACAAACCGUUUUCGGAGUGGUCAGAACUUUGCGACGAGCAAUUCAUAGACCUCAUAAAAGGCCUCAUGAAUUUGGACCCCGCGAGACGAAUUUCUGCCUACCAGGCGUUACAGCAUCCUUGGUUUCUAGACCGACAUGGCAGCAUCGACUCUCUUGAUGACACUAGCGGUCGACUGGUCACGGAUGAUCCUAUACCAGCAGAUCGUUGAAAUUCCGAAGUGGUAGGAAGUGUAAGUUAUAAGUUAGUUGAAUAGUCGUACGAAA